AUACUAGAGGAGAGAAUAAGAAGAAGAUGAAAGAUGGAGUAUAAGCAAAAGAGGAAGAUUAAGCCUUUGAAUUCUCUCACUCUCAAAAGGAUUGUCGUAACGCCUUCAUAUUCUGGCAAACGACAGUUAGUUUCUGUGUUAAGGCAGCUUAACUUGUCGUUUUCUUGUUAACGGAGGAUCAAACGCACAAGGAGGAAUAACAUAAUGGUUCUUCUUCCAUCCAUUUUUAAGAAAGGCAACAAGAAUUUUGGGCAUGACAUUGGGAAAGAGACCGCAGACGCUUUGUCAAAGGAAGCCAAAAAGAACGAGCUGAUCUCAAGGUCUUCUGGCAUUGUUAAGUCUCAAAACUCAGACAACUUAUCUUCCAUUUUCUCCAAGAGAGGACAGAAAGGAAUCAACCAAGACUGCUUAGUUGUUUGGGAGGAGUUCGGUUGCCAAGAUGACAUGGUGUUUUGUGGGAUAUUCGAUGGCCAUGGUCCAUGGGGUCACCUUGUUAGCAAAAGGGUCAGAGAAUCAUUACCAUCUUCAUUGCUAUGCAACUGGCAAAAAACUCUUUCUCAAACAUCUCUAGAUCUCAAUUUCGAAAUCGAAAACGAGAGAGCUCUUCAUUGGUUUGGUACAUGGAAGGAAUCCUUCUUUAAAACUUAUGCAGACAUUGACCAAGACCUUAAACACAACAAUGAAAUCGAUUCCUAUCUAAGUGGUACCACAGCAUUGACCAUUGUUAAGCAGGGUGAACGUCUCAUUAUAGCAAAUGUUGGUGACUCUAGAGCUGUGUUAGCUACCACUUCUGAGAAUGGUACUUUAGUAGCUCUUCAGCUCACAAUUGACUUCAAGCCCAAUUUACCAGAGGAGGCAGAGAGAAUAAUACGUUCAAAGGGGAGGGUUUUCUGUUUAGAAGACGAACCGGGGGUUUAUAGGGUGUGGAGGCCUAACGGUAAGAGUCCUGGACUCGCAAUCUCAAGAGCCUUUGGUGACUACUGCAUUAAGGAGUGUGGAUUGGUUUCCACACCUCAUGUUGCUCACAGAAACAUUUCUACCAAUGACCACUUUGUCAUUUUAGCAUCCGAUGGGGUGUGGGAUGUGGUAUCAAAUCAAGAAGCAGUGGAGAUGGUAUCAUCAAGUCCAGAUAAGGAGAAAUCAGCUAGAAAGCUAGUGGAAUGUGCAGCCAGGGCUUGGAAAUCUAAGAGAAGAGGAAUUGCCCAGGAUGACAUCUCAGCUAUAUGCCUCUUUUUCCACUCUACUGCUACAACAACUACCACUGCUUUACAGGCCAAUAACUUUUUGGUCUCCAAGUUUUCUAGCUUAAAAUCACACAAAUCUGUCUAGAUAGAUUUGUAGCCUAUCUUCUAGCUUUUAUUAGAUUUUUUUAGUGGGUAGGGUUGUUGAAUUGCUGAUUAAAGUUUUGGUUUUGGAUUCUGUUUGUGUUUUAAGUUGUGUAAAUAAAUAUUCCUCUCUAUCCAUGCAUGUCUAAGAUUUUAUAUUCCUGUAUACUAAUAUAUAUUCAAUAAUAAAUUACAAAAUACUGUUUAGGUGUA